CUCAUACCUCAAAAGGAAAAUGGCUGUGGAGAUGAACAGUUUUCUUCCAUUGAUUUUGUUUUGCCUAGCAGCAAUCAUCUCCUCCACCGUUUUCUUCCAACGCAAGAAACGUUGUUAUACAUCAAAGAGUAAACUCCCGCCGGGGAAACUUGGGCUGCCAUUGAUAGGUGAAACAAUGGAGUUCUACAAAGCUCAACGCAGCAAUCGAUUGUUCGAGGAUUUCGUCGAACCGCGCAUAGCAAAGUACGGAAAAAUCUUCAAAACAAGCCUCAUGGGAUCACCGACCGUCAUCGUCAACGGAGCCGAAGCGAAUGGGUUCAUAUUGUCGAACGAGUUCAAGUUAGUGAUAAGCUCAUGGCCUUCGUCAUCGGUUCAACUCAUGGGACGAAACUCAAUCAUGGAAAAGCAAGGGGACCAACAUCGAUUCCAACGAGGUUUAAUAACCUCCAGCCUCAGCUGUUCAGCGUUGGGGAGUCUAGUGCCUAAAAUAUGCAGGGCAGUUCAAUUGCACCUCAAAAGUUACUGGCAUGGAAAAGAUAGGGUUAGCCUCUAUUGUUCGACGAAGCUUUUGACAUUCACCAUAGUGUUCGAGUGCUUGUUAGGGAUCAAUGUGGAGCCACAGAUGUUGGGGACAUUUGAAAGAGUUUUGGAAGGUGCCUUCGCUCCACCCAUCAACUUCCCCGGUUCUAAAUUUUCAAGAGCCAAGAGAGCAAGGGUGGAGAUUGUGAAGAUGUUGCAGAAAGUAGUGGCUGAAAAGAGACAAGAAAUGGAAAAAACCAGCAUGGGAUGUAGUAGUAGUACGCUGCUGGCACGAUUGGUGGCUGCAAUGAUUCGUGGGGAUCUCACAGAAGAAGAGGUGAUUGACAAUGUGGUUUUGCUGGUCUUUGCAGCUCAUGAUACGACCUCGUUCGCCAUUGCCAUGACCUUCAAAAUGUUAGCUCAACAUCCACACUGCUACUCUAGAAUCCUUCAAGAGCAUGAUGGUGUGAUGAAGACGAAGAAGGAAGGUGAAGAACUGAGACUAGGAGAUGUGAAGAAAAUGGAGUAUAUCUGGGAAGCUGCUCGAGAGAGCAUGAGGCUGUUCCCUCCAAUAUUCGGCUCUUUUAGGAAAGCGGUUGCAGACAUUGAAUACCAAGGAUUCACCAUUCCCAAAGGCUGGAAGGUGUUAUGGACAGCGUACGGAACACAUUACGAUGGAGAGUAUUUCAAAGAUCCAUGGCGAUUUGAUCCCAGCAGAUUCCGGGAAUCGGUGCCGCCCUAUGUUUAUGUUCCGUUCGGAGGAGGGGCGAGAAGAUGCGCCGGCUAUCAGCUUGCCAAGUUAAACAUCCUCAUAUUCCUGCAUUAUGUACUUACUGGUUACAACUGGUCAUUGGUUCAUCCUAAUGAGUCCAUUAUCAUGGAUCCUCUCCCACUUCCAUCUAAAGGAAUGCCCAUCAACAUCUCUCCCAAAACCCCAAAAUGA